GACCUCUACAACAAAGCUCACUUCACUCAGUCCAAUGCUCCAAACUCUGAGAAUCUCACCAGCUACUUUAACAUCCAGAACUUCACUUCUCCUCCCAGCAAUCACAACAACAACACUCAAAACCCAACCCUUCACAACAACAACCUCCCUCAAAAUGCCCGAACGUCCCAGCAAAGUCGACGCCCACACCGACCCAUCCGUCACAAAACAAUACGACAACAAAACCUCCUCUGCCGACAAAUUCAAAGACUUCUACGCCAUGUCCGAUAACAUCAAAACUUGCAUGUUUAAUACCUAUCGUCCUGGUGUAGGCCCCGUCGGCCGCUCCAUGGCAGUAGCAAAACGCACAGGCCCCGACUUCCUCUUCCUCGCAAACGCCAACAGCACAAAAUUCAAAGAUUUGGAAGCCAAACCCGAAGUCCAACUUUCUUUCCGUGAUGGAAAAACAGAAGAUUGGAUUUCUGUGACGGGAGAAGCUGUGAAAUUGACGAAUGAUGACCCACGUAUCAAGGAGAUCUACUCCAAACCCGUCGCUGCAUGGUUCGGUGACGUCGGCGAUGGAGUUCAUGAUGGUGGACCAGAAGAUCCUCGGAUGAAAUUGAUCGAAGUGCAGAGCAAGUAUAUCACCUACUGGAAGCACACGACGGGAGCAUUGGGAUUCGCCAAAGAGAUCGCUGGAGCGACAUUGCUGGGACAAGUCGCGAACACUGGUGAUCUGAGAGAAUUGGGGGAGACUGAGAUCAAGGAGGCCAGAGUGAAAGACAGUGCCUUGAGCAAUUGAAAGUUAUGAAGUGUAUUGCAACUGUUCAAUAAUCGAGAGACAAAAGACGAACUAGCGAUGAUUCUAGAUAAAUCGCUGGAGAUAUUGCGUAAGAUUGUGGUGAAACCGCAGAAUUAGCAAGUCGGGCCAAACUGACGCAUCCCGCGUAUGACGAAGCAAUAGUUCCUGCUUUCACUUCCCUCACGUUUGCCAGUGGUUCUGGAAUUGGAGUUGUU